AGCUGCUGACAUGUGGGCUCUUUCAUGGUUUCUCCUCCUGUUUCUCUGGGAAGCCAAAGGGUUUUCUGGAGAUUAUGAGGAUCCUAAGGAAAUAGUUGCAGUCCUUCAAGAGUCUGUCAACCUUCCCUUGGAAAUAUCAUCUGAUGAAGAGGUGGAGAAUGUCAUCUGGUCCUUUUGGAAAUGACUUGCCACAGUGGUGCCAGGGAAAGAGGGACAGCCAGCCACUAUCAUGAUGGACCCUCAUUACCAGAACCGAGUGAGUGUCCCAGAUCUCAGCUACUCUCUGUACAUCAGCAAUCUGACCUGGGAGGACUCUGGGAUUUACGAAGCUAAAGUCAACCUGAGAACACCCCGUUCCUUAUCAUGGAGUACUCCAAUCUCCAUGUCUACUGUGAGAUGACUGUCAAAGCCCCAUAUCACUGUGAACUUGGAGACCUCUGGGGAUGGUGCCUGUAAUAUAUUCCUGACAUGCUCUGUAGAGAGAGCAGGCAUGGAUGUGAUUUACAGCUGGCUUUCAUCAUGGGACAACAUUGAUACAUCCCAUGAAGGAUGUGUCCUCAGCACAUCCUGGAGGCCUGGUCACAAAGCUCUUUCCUACACUUGCAGGGUCAGCAAUCCCAUCAGCAACAUCAGCUCCCAUGUCAUCCCUGCUGCAUCCUUCUGUACAGAUCCUGGCUAUUCUGAGAAACAUUCAAUAUUAUGUCACCUUGUCAAGGGUUUGCUCCUCCUCUUGCUCUUGGCAAUUCUAGCUGUGGGGCUCUGUCUGGUCUUCCGAGCCCAGAAAAAGUGUGAAAUGCCAAAGGUGAGGAAACUCAAAAGAAACCGAAUGAAACUGAGGAAGAUGAGGAAGCUGGACCCCAGUCCAGUCUGA